AACAAGUCUCACAUUGCGUACCCGACAUGUUGACCAAGGUCCACAAACGCGAAUUUCCGUCAAUUGCUACCGAAGCGUUAAGCAGUGCAGGCGUUUAACGGUUUAUCAUAGUUAAAGCGAACCAGCAAAAUAAAUCCACUCUUAAUAUCAAAAUGAGAACCACUUUGGAGAUUUUCUUAUGCCUUGCUGCGAUUUUUUUAUUUGCUUAUUCUGCAGAUGCCUCUCUAGAGACAGAAAACAAUGAAGUGAAUCACAAGCUGAGUGGCGUUAUACAAUGGAAAUUCGAGAAACGACCCUUUUGCAAUGCAUUCACAGGUUGUGGACGUAAGCGCACUUCGUAUCCUUCAUAUCCGCCAUUUUCAUUGUUUAAGCGCAACGAGAUUGAGGAAAAACCUUACAAUAAUGAAUAUCUAUCAGAGGGCCUAAGCGAUCUGAUUGAUAUCAAUGCGGAGCCAGCUGUUGAGAACGUACAAAAGCAAAUAAUGUCGCAGGCAAAAAUCUUUGAGGCUAUAAAGGAGGCAAGCAAGGAAAUCUUUAGGCAAAAGAAUAAGCAAAAAUUACUCGAGAGUCAACAUCAACAACAGCUACAAGACCAGCAGUUGGAUCAGGGCGAUAACAAUUAAACUGGCAUAUCCCGAAGGUGCUAAAUAUCCCGAUCAAAUGAGUGGCAACUAAAUACAUACAAGCGUUCCUGUAAAUAUGUAUCUCUAAUAUAUCGAAUAAUAAUCUAUGCAUUCAUGCAAGUACUUUCCUAUCUAAAAGAUAUAACAAGUACAAUCAUUGUGAGCAUUUAA